AUGAAAACAGGAACAGGCGACUUGCUGGUCGAGUGCAAAGAAACACCCACUGCUGGGAAUGGUCUUUUUGCUCGAACGUUGUGUACUCCAUCUUCCUUGCUAUUUGCAGUGCCGCCGCAGGCAUUGAUGAAUAUCAGGACGUUAAAGUCCCUCCAUCCAACAUCUGGACCCACUCCUUUGACCGCCACGCAAAUGAUAUCUUUGCAUCUGUAUAUCAACCGCCCGCAUGGAAGUGAGGAUUCACUAGACCCUCACUAUGGACCAUACAUUUCGACACUUCCUAGGGAGUUCGACAGUCAUCCUUUGACCUGGAUGGUGCAAUCAAAAUGUGGCCUGGAGUCCGGAGGGGUCCCACUGCUUAAGCACCUCCCGCCGAGUGUGCAUGCAUGCUUGGUUAAGCUGCAUGACCGAUUUUGUCAAGACUGGGAUGCAAUCCGAGCGUACUUGGUAGGAAAUACUCACUCAGUUUCGUCGUCUAAAGCCAUAGCAGACUGCGAAUUCAUACAUCUCUUCAAAACUCCCUUAUCCACCUCGCCUCCAGUCAACACGCGCUGCAUAUAUUACCGUCUGAAAGCAUCAAAGGAAGACCCCGAUAAUCUCACCUUAUGUCCCAUCCUCGACUUUGCCAACCAUACCCCGAACGGGUUGCAUAGUAUGACUCCAGCUCCAUCAGAGGCCGAUAUUUGGGACUCUGUGCCGGUAAAGCAGAUUGGAUUUAGAUUUCUUUCGCCAGCAGAUGCAUCUGUCCAAGAGGGCGAAGAGAUCUUUUUGGCUUACGGGGCUCAUUCUAAUCGGACGCUGUUCGUCGAAUACGGAUUUGUCAACGAGUCAUUGGGCAACGUUGAAAUUGCGGAUGGUGAAGUCGAUGUACAAGAUGUGGUGGAAUCCUUGAUACUCGAUCACAAAUCCGGUGUCUUCGUCAAAAGCGUCCUUGAGGACGAAGGUUAUUGGGGAGAUUGGACCCUAUAUUGCUCGGCGGAAUCAGUGCAGCCAUCCUGGCGCUUGAUUACAGCAUUAAGACUUCAUUGUCUUUUUGUCUCAAAUAAUACAAUCCACCAUAACACCAUCCAAUCGUGGCACGACGUCAUAGCAGGCAAACGAGAGAUUAUAUCUGAUGGAAACGAACUCGCUUGGAAGGAGUCGUUGAUCACGAUUUGCGAUACGGUUAUCACCAAAGCCCAGGCCGGUCUGGACAGUCUCGAGAACGAUGGCGCCGAGGAGUAUGGUCAUGGUGGCAGUGACCGGUGGCUUCCCUGGAUGUGCGAGAAUAUACGGACACUUUGGAGGGAAGAGCUGUUGAUAGCCGCGGCUGUCAAGGAACGUACGCUGAGAGGGGAUGAUUUCUGA